GUCAAAUCACAUUAAUCAAAUUUACUAGUCGCUUUUACUUUACGCUUCUCUCGCACCCACCUGAGCUGACCCUCCAGCUGACCCUUCAGCCGCAACAGCUCUCCAGGAACCAGUUCAGUUCCUCAAACAGCAAACAUGGCAAAGCCCAAAUACUCCCAUCUUUCUCUUUCUCUCUUCCUCAUCAUCACCAUCAUCACUUCAUCUCCACUGUCACUUGCAUCACGACCGUCCAAUUUCCCCUCCUCCAGAUGGGCCCCACGCUUCCUGGGCAAGUUCUCAAGCUCUUCACCACCAAAACAACCUCAACCACCGAAACAACAACAACAGCAACCAAAAAUCCGAUACGAAACCCGAUAUUUCGCUCAGCGUCUCGACCAUUUCAGCUUCUCGGAUUCCCCGAGGUUCCAACAGCGGUACCUCAUCAACACCGAGCACUGGGUGGGCCCACAGAGACUGGGCCCCAUCUUCUUCUACUGCGGCAACGAAGGUGGCAUCGAAUGGUUCGCCAAAAACACCGGCUUCGUCUGGGAAGUCGCCCCACAAUUUGGAGCUAUGAUCCUCUUUCCCGAACACCGGUACUAUGGAGAGUCCAUGCCGUAUGGGAAUAAAGACGAGGCGUAUAAGAAUGCCAGUACGCUGUCGUUUCUCACGGCCGAGCAAGCCCUGGCCGAUUUUGCCGUAUUAAUCACGGAGCUCAAGCGAAAUUUGUCGGCGGAAGGUUGCCCCGUCGUGCUUUUCGGUGGAUCCUAUGGCGGAAUGUUAGCAGCCUGGAUGAGGCUUAAGUAUCCUCACAUUGCAAUUGGUGCACUUGCUUCUUCGGCGCCAAUUCUUCAAUUCGAAGAUAUUGUGCCACCAGAAACGUUUUACGAUAUCGUUUCUAAUGAUUUCAGGCGCGAAAGCAGCAGCUGCUUUAACACUAUAAAAGAGUCCUGGGAUGCAUUGGUAACCGAGGGUAAGAAGCAAAAUGGCCUUCGCCAGCUGACAAAAACUUUCCAUUUAUGUCGGGAACUAAGUAGUACCGAUGAUCUUGCAAAUUGGUUGGACUCCGCGUAUAGUUAUUUGGCAAUGGUGAACUACCCAUAUGCUGCUGACUUUGUAAUGCCUUUGCCAGGACACCCGAUAAGAGAGGUUUGCAGAAAGAUUGAUGGUUGUCCUGAUGGGACUAGCACACUGGAGCGCAUAUUUGAAGGUGUAAGCAUAUUCUACAAUUACACUGGACAAGCUAAAUGCUUUGAGCUGGAAGAUGAAUCCGACGUUGGCACGGAUGGGUGGAAUUGGCAGGCUUGCACAGAGAUGGUUAUGCCCAUGUCUAGUAGCCGGAAUGCAAGCAUGUUUCAAACCUAUGAUUUUAAUCUCUCUUCUUUUCAAGAGGAGUGCUGGAAGGAUUACAAUGUGAAACCAAGGCCUACAUGGAUCACAACAGAAUUUGGUGGGCAUGAUAUUAAGGCCACCUUGAAAUCGUUUGGAAGCAAUAUCAUUUUCUCCAAUGGCUUAUUGGAUCCAUGGAGUGGUGGCAGUGUCCUGCAGAAUGUAUCAGAAACUGUCAUUGCUCUUGUUACCGAAGAAGGUGCCCACCACAUAGAUUUGCGAUUCUCAAAGAAAGAAGAUCCUGAAUGGUUGGUAGAGCAAAGGGCAACUGAAAUUAAGCUGAUAGAGGGGUGGUUGGAGAAAUUCUAUCAAGAAAGUAAAUCAAAAUUUGACAUGUAGAGGUCUCUAAAUUUGCAUGUGUAAAUUCCCAGUCAUCGUUUUUUGUGUGUUUUCACUGCUACCACCACCAAAUUUACAACACUUGGGUGUAUAUAUUGAGUUCUCCUUCGAAGGAUGCUCUCAUUUUAAGAAAUGGAAGGACAAAUUUGCUGGUACGUUGGCCUCACAUGGCCUUGGCCCUAGCUUCCGUUUGUUUUUUAUUUUUGGGUAAAUGUGGAUUCAGCCAAUUAGUCAAGGCAGUGCGCCAUUUUAGCAUUGUCAUGAUUAUUUUCUCUGUCCUUGGACUUGUCAUGACAUUGAUAACAUAUACUUCAUCAUUAUGAUAUGAAAUAACAUAUGCUUAAAAGUA